AUAUGGCGAGUGAUUCAAAGCCGUCUUGGGAGUAUCCAUGGGAGCCUGAAGAAAUUCGACAGAAUAAUGCACCAUGGAGUUUGGCGGGAGAUAAAGCAAUGUCUCUCUAUUUAGAUAAAUCUUCUACGGAUUUUACUACGAAUGCGAUCAAAACUCACGAAGGAAUGGGCGAACUAAAUACACGAAGCUCCUUACUAGCCACAAAGCUUGACAAUGCGUUCAAUGAUUUUCAACUUCUAUCAAAUACACAGUUUCUUGAAAAUAGAAUAGAAGAAGAGCCAUUGGAAUUUAUUGAAGCUCAACGCGAAAAGGAACUCAGAGAAGUUGAGGCUUCGAAGAUUUUAACUAAAGAAGAAAAGGAAGAGCUUUUGAAAGAGACCUUCAAAAAAUGUUUGCUUUCCUCGCUGCGUAUUUAUCAACAAACCCAAACUAUAGGUACUUCCAGAAAUGAGAAUAUUGUCAAUGAGUUAGAAGAUUUCGAUGAUCGGCCUACCCUACCACAUAUCAUAGGGAGUGACGACUAUAAAUCAAGUUCAACUGGAGGUGUCGUUUUCAAUCUUCCCCCCAAGAAGAAAAAACCAGUCACUCAUAAUACCUCAGAAGUUACUACAAAUGGGUUUCACGAAGAUCUGAGUCCUCAAGAUGACGUGGACGACGAAAAUCUGUUUCCUGACGCGUCAAACUUAGACCAGUCUCAACUCGAAGACAGCACUCCUCUGAUGCAAAAUGACACUCGAACUGGGACAGCUCCUACAGAGUUAUUAACAUCAUUUGAGUCGAAUCAGUCAGACGAAACUGUUGUUAGUGAGAAACCUGAACCCAUUCAGCGAUCUCUAAAUGGAACUACUAAUAUUCUAUACCCGAAGAUAGAAUCUGACUCUGAGAGCGAGGAAGAAGGCGAUAUAUUCGAGGCCAAAAAGUCUAAAGCUGGAACUUCUAAAGAUGAUAAAGAUAUAAAUAACUCUGGUCUCAAAGCAAAUGGCACUGAGCCAACUGGCUCAGUUAAAAAGCCAGAUGCGCAAAUGAAUGGCCUGGGGUUCGAAGCGCCUCCUCCUGUUAGUAAUUUCGAGUCUAGUGACGAAGACAGUGAUGAAAUUUUGUUAUUCCAACCAAAGCCACGAGAGAUUAAUUCGAACCGGAAGCCAACUCUGAAAUUAGAAGAUGAUGACUUAGAUUCCUCGCCUGUUAGGAAAGAACUGCUGAAACAGACAUCUGUUGCGAUCGAAGAGGAAAAAGAGCCACCUGUUACUCAAGCGCCAGAAAAGAAACCAGACUUCAUGAGUAUGUUUGCAGAUUGGAGUGAUGAUGACGAUGACUUCAUAUUUGGUGUGAACAAGCCACAAAAACAAAACAUGUUUGCUGCUGAUGGUAAAGCAGCAUCAGCAAAGAAACCUCCUCAAAAUAAACCGACAGCCGACGUGGAAACUGCUGAAAUUACGAAAGGCUUCGAUCAAGGAGAUGACGCCCGAAUAACCGAUAACGAUCAAUCUUUUGACGACCCAGAAGACACUAAUAUUCGGAGCUCUUCGCCGAUUGUGCAGCAAGCAGUACCGAGCAGUUUACCCGAUAAAAACGAAUCUAAAUUGGACGAUGAAGUUGUAGAAAGUGCAGCGAAAGCAAAACCAGCUAUUGAUUGCAGUGAAAGUAGUAGCGAUGAUGAUGGUGGGUUCCCGAAUGCCAUGAAGAACAAAUCAGCGGCUAGUAAGAAUAUGGCUAAUAUUUUUACUCAAAACUCUUUAGAUAGUGAUGAUGGCGACGACAUGUUCACGAGUUCUCUCCAGGUUCCAAAGCUGCAACAGAAGCCCGUCAGUGAGCCAGUAUCACAAAUUUCGAAAGAGGCCAGCAAUGAUAAUUUGCCUCAGUCUGCUACAAAAUCAAAUAUCGGAUCAAAAGAUUCAGUAGUUAAAGAAACGGUUUCGAAGAAACCAGAGCCCAAACCAUCUCGAAGGUUUUCAACUGACAGUGACGAAGAUCUAUUUAAAACUUUUUCGAGCAGUAAAUCAAAGCCAGUAAUUGAGAAGAAAGAAACUGUGCAAACUCAGUAUUCAGAUGAUGAUGACCUGUUUGCUCCAAAACCUAAAAAAGAGACGACAACUCCACGUUCGAAAACAGGACCAGCUGUAUCAGCCGAACUCAGCUCCAACGAUCCACCAGUCGAAAAGUUUUCGGAACCCGAUUCAAUGUCCUUGCCUGUUUCGGAUCCCCUAGGAACAGUUUUAUCGAAAGAUGAGAAAAGUUACCCCGUUUCUAGGGAUGUCAGUCUCCCCGUUAACAAAGCACCAAGUGUUAUAUUGUCUGACGAGGAUAUUUUUGCCGAGAAACCAUCGAAACUUGUCGAGGUGAAAGAAAAACAGCAGACGCCUGCUGAGCCUGAAAAAGAAGGUAAGGAUGCGUCUCAAGAUGAAGUGGAUGAGACGAAGACCAAGCCCGCAAAAGGAAAAGUAGCACAGCUUGGAAAUAAAUUGAACCUAACUGCUAGUAUGCUGCGAGCACCUGGUGCGCCAAUGUCCAAGACAUUUGGAGCAGCUACAAGUCCAAUGGGCUCUUCAGCCGGUCCAAGUGUUGCUGCUGGUAGUUUUUCGGGCUCCGGAUCUAGUGGACCUGCUGGAGCAUCCACUGGUUUGAAUGUGACAGAAAUUGGAAAGGAUAAGGCUAAACUUGGGCCUAGAAGGCGUCCACCUUCUAGACUUGGAAGAGCUAAGCCGACCACUGUCAUUGGUAUUGAAGUGUUUGACUACACCAAUCUCAACACUGAAACAAUAGAACCUGUGCGAGGAAAAAAGGACUUCACCUCAAAGUUGCCUUUUGAAUUACCGGAGGAGCAACCGCAAAUAAAUGUAAUUCCUGAAACGAAACCAGAAGUGGUGAGCAUUGGAACCACGAAUCGAAUGAAGGCACCAGAAAUUGACAUUUUCAAUGAUUCAAACUUAUCUGAACCGUCUAAACCAAAUCCGAAGGAGAAUGAUGUGAAAUUGGGAUCUAAGGACAUAGAUAUCAUUGACAUUUUUGACGAAUCAAUCCAGCUGUCAAACAAUGGUCCGGACAGCAAAGCAUCUAAAGUGGAUUCAGUUAUUGGCAAAGGAGAAAGCGCUACUAAAAAGAAGAAAGCACAAUCUAAAACCAAGACAAAGAAAUCAGCAACAGCUAAGCUGGAGAAACAAAAGAAGAAUGAUGAUAUUUUUGAUACCCCUGAUGAUAUUUUUGAUGACUAGUUAGUAAUCAUCGAUUGAUUAGAAAAAUAGCUAUAUGCGAUCACAAUAAUUAUUUAAACGUACUGUAAUCUGUGAUUAUGUUGUACUUGACAAAGCAGAUAUCUCGACUAGAACUUGCAGGAGCUUUUUAGUAGCCCGAUAUUUUGAAUUCUUAGCGGUCUUUGCGCUUUGGGAUUCCGAACUGCUGAACGGCAAUUGUAAUUAUGCAAAUGACUUCGGUCGAAAUAUUUUAUCAUGGUGAGAUAAAAAAUGAUUCAUGUUAUAAUGGUGCUAUUCAUCUAUCAACUGUUAUUUGUUCAUUAUCGAUUUUUUACGA